GAGGAGGAGGAAGACCGGCGCGAGGAAGAUGAACAAGGUGCCAGAGGACGCAGCAGAAAGAGGGAACAAUCUGAAGAUCGUGAUAGCGACGGCUCCUCCAAGUAUUCACCUUACGGGGAGUCUGACGAGGACAGUGACAGCACUUCUGAUUCAGAAACCAGUUCCUCUUCUUCCUCUUCCUUGUCAUCGUCGUCGUCUGAUGAGGAGGAGGUGGAGAGCACGGAGGAAAUAGAUGAUUCUGCUACAGAUAUCCAUCCGUCUGAGUCGUUGGGAAGCCUGGAAGAGAGAAUAUGGCCAGGAACAGAUGUUGAGAUGGCCAAGAAGAAGCCGGAAGUCGCUCUGCUUCAAGGCCACGUUGUUCAGGAGAAGCCUGCUCUUCCGAAUGAUGCUUUGCUAGUCCCAGCAAUAGAGGAGAAAGGUGUCUGGGCGGCACUAGAAGAGCGAACGCGACAAGAAAAACGACCUUCCUCGCCCAUCCCACUUCUGCCCCCACCCAAGAAACGCCGGAAAACAGUCUCCUUCUCAGCUCCUGGUGAGGAUGAAGGGGCCUUGGAGAAGCCACUUGAAUUGGCAUCCUUGGGUCUCCUCGCCCCACCGCCCCCACCCCCUCCUCCUCCUCCUCCUCCUCCUCCUGUCCCCACAGAGGAAGCACAAUCCCCAUUCGUUCCUGUGGAACCCCUACUACCACCCCAAGUGUCCUUAACCUCAGAUGCCCCGGUUCCGGCUACUUGUCCCUUGCCUCCCGCAGCUUCCCUGGUAAAGCUGGCGGCUCCCGCCAGCCGCAGGCGGGAGCCGCCGAAAGCCAGUCAAAGAACGAUCAGCAACCUGCCGGCGGACCACGCUUCUCUCGUGAAAUGUUGGUCGGAGGAUAUGCCAACUGGCCGCUCCCGAAACCGUUCUCGCUCCCGAAGCUCAGAAUAUUGGAGGGCAGCGCAGCCCCCGGAGGACGACAGACUGCACACGCGUGAGCAAAUGGGGGCCUCCUCGCUCCUGGAGCUGGCCAAUCAGCCUGACCUGGCCGUGUUAGCCGAUGUGGCUCUCAAGAUGCCCGCCGCUGCAGGCCGGGGAGGCUCGAAGGAGGCCUCGGAUGAACCCGAGGCGCCAAAGCGCCUGCUUCCGCCCCCCGCGUUCUCCCUUGAGGUCAGCAGCAUCUUCAUGGAGCACAACUACGCCAUGGCGGUGCGUGCAGCACCGGUGACGGUCCCCCGGAAACAAGAUGAGGCCACACUGCCGGGUGCGGCUGACCUCUUGCAGAUGAGCGUAUAUAAUGAGCACAUUGGCGAGGUCCUGGAGGCUCCCGAGGAGAUCGUGGCAGAUGCCGGUGAAGCCAGAACUGAGUCUGAAGUGGGCGACCUUGUUGCACUGGCGCCUCCACCCCCCCAACCUAUCGAAAAGCCCAAGGCACCUGUCCCAGACCAGCAGCAGCCACCGGCGAAGAAACCUCCCCACGGCCUAAAGGAGGAGGCCAUAAAGGAUCCAGGAGUGUUGCUUUUAGGCCCAGAGAGUCUGUUCCCUUCUGGGAGCGAGGAGGAGGAGGAGGAAGAGGAAGAGGAUGACGAGAGCUUUGACAGCAGCGACGAAGGGGAGAUUCGCCGGCGCUCUCUGCGCUCUCACUCCCACAAGCACACCCCUGCCCGUCCCCCCCUGCUUCCACCCCCGGUCUUCGAGACCCGCAGCGAAUUCGAACAGAUGACAAUCUUGUACGACAUCUGGAAUUCAGGGCUCGAUGUGGAAGACAUGAAAUACUUGAGGCUGAUGUACGAGCGCCUGCUGCAUGAGGACAAUAGCACAGACUGGCUGAACGACACCCACUGGGUCCAACACACCAUCACAAACAUUGCAAAUCCCAAACGGAAGAGGAAAUCGUCUGAGCUGCGGGAACAUCAAACCGGUUGUGCCCGUAGCGAGGGCUACUACCACAUCAGUAAGAAGGAGAAGGACAAAUACCUUGACAUGUGCCCAGUCACCGUGCAGCAAUUGGACAGCGCUGAUACCCAGGGCACCAACCGCAUCUUGUCAGAACGACGGUCUGAACAAAGGCGUCUGCUGAGUGCCAUCGGCACCUCUGCCAUCCUCGAUAGUGACCUUCUGAAACUUAACCAGCUGAAGUUCCGGAAAAAGAAACUCCGGUUUGGACGGAGUCGAAUUCAUGAGUGGGGCCUGUUCGCAAUGGAGCCAAUCGCUGCCGACGAAAUGGUCAUUGAAUACGUGGGCCAGAACAUCCGCCAGAUGGUGGCAGAUAUGCGUGAGAAGCGGUACGCCCAGGAAGGCAUCGGGAGCAGCUACCUUUUCCGUGUGGACCACGACACAAUCAUCGACGCAACCAAGUGUGGCAAUCUGGCUCGUUUCAUCAAUCAUUGCUGCACGCCCAACUGCUAUGCCAAAGUCAUCACCAUCGAGUCCCAGAAGAAGAUCGUUAUCUACUCCAAGCAGCCCAUCAGCAUCAAUGAGGAGAUUACGUACGACUACAAGUUCCCAAUCGAAGAGAACAAGAUUCCCUGCUUAUGUGGCACAGAGAACUGUCGGGGGACCCUGAAUUGAAAAGAAGCCCGGCAUUCCUAUUUAUUUUGUUUGCUUCAGCCCAUUUUUCACCCUCCCCGGUCGU